UCUGCAAACCAAAGCUUCUGUCUUUUAUCUAUCGGUCAGUUGGAGAUUCAGAAACCAGAAUGUCCAGCACUGUCAUACCCAUGAACUCUUCAACGCUCGUCAUCCAGAUGCAACCGCCAACACAACCAACACCUGUUACGACAAAUGCUCCUGUUUAUGUACAACAGGUGGCGGGAGUUUCACCUCUUCAUGGACUUCAGGCAUUUCUGAAAGGCCAGCCGAAAGCCCUUGGGACGGUCCAGAUAAUGAUCGGUCUGCUGACUCUCCUGUUAGGCAUUGUGUCUACAGUUUAUGCAGAACUUAUCUUUGUCUAUAGUGGACUUCCUUACUGGGGAUCUGUCAUCUACAUUACCGCAGGCUCACUCUGCAUUGCUGCCGAAAAUAAAAUUAAUUCACCCUCCAGUUUGUGUUUGGUGAAUGCUUCACUUGGAAUGAACAUUUUCAGUACUAUAACCGCCGGCAUUGCCAUUAUUUUAAUUUCUCUGGAUUUGGUUAUAGGGCCAUACAUUUACUGCUAUCAUUAUGACUGUUCCUACAUAGACAAUUAUGAGACUCUCUUCGGGGGAAUCAGGGGUGUGUUGCUGUUAUUCGCCUUGCUUGAGUUUAUCAUCUCCAUCUGUCUGUCAGCAUUUGCCUGUAAAGCCACUGGCUGUUGUUGUUCUCCUCAGGUGAGUAAUGCACCACAUCAGGGUUUUAUUUCUUUAUUUUUCUCAGCUGUACCCCCAGAUAUGUAUAUAAAAUGGAAAUACUAACUUUUAAGGCUGUUGACACAGUUGACAAGAACAAACAAACACUACUGUAAUUUUCUCUUUCUGUCUGACUAGUUCAGAUAAACUGAUGGCUAUGAGUUGCGGGUCAGGACAGCAAUGUCUCCGUCCAGUAACUACUCCAUAUCUUAUUUAUUAAUCAUGCAUAAAUAUUGUGUGAUUCUGUAACAAAAUAAACAAAUACAAAAAUGAGUAUAAAAAUAUCACAACGAUUGACGUAAAUCAACUAGUAAAGAGAUUAAUAACUACUGGAAACCAUUACACUGCCUACAUUACUAUAUAAAUUAACUCAAACACAAAACAUAUAAAAGGUGUGCUGAUGUAGUAAACAUCUCAGAGCGCCUACGCACGUCAUUAAGUGUAAACAUCUGCAGGUAUAACACCGAUCUGCCACGACACGCACACAAAGAGGUAGAUCCAAUUGCAGUGUUUUAUUGGGAUAAUCCAAAUAUCAUAAUCAGCCAGGCAAAGGUCACA